AAAGAACUAUCCUGCAUCGGAAGAAUGUGCCAAAGAAAAUGCUUCGUUCAAAUUUGAUAAUAUUCAAUUUCAGUCACAACAAAGUCGAAGGGUUUCGUCUGUAUCAAUUCCCGAUCGACCUGCCCCGCCCAUACCAACACCAGUAUCGAUACGAGAACCAGUACACCAAGAACAAGAAAUAUACAUUGCACUGUAUGAUUAUGGGGCAAGAGCGAAAAAUCAUUUAACGAUCAAAAAAGGUGACAGAAUGAUAAUGCUUUAUAAAGACGGAGCUUGGUCAGUUGUGAGGUUACUGCAACCCAAUAGAAUGAACUCUAACACAAAAGGUUACGUCCCAUCAAACUUUAUUAGAAGAGAGAGUCUUAUAAAUUCACAACCGCCUUGGAUGUUUGAUACAGCAGUUCGUUCCGAAGCAAUAACCUUACUGAUGCAGCCGUGCAAUCAACAAGGUGCUUUUAUGGUUAGAAGGAGGGCAGACGAUCGCAAUGAAUAUGCCUUGAGUGUAAAAGUUGAAGUGAUGAAUAAAGCAAAAGUUCACCAUUUCAAGAUAAAAAAAAGUAGUCAGGGAUAUUUAAUGGGUGGUAUUGAGUUCAUAACCUUGGAUGAGUUGGUUGCUUUUUAUAAGAAAAACUUGGUUGGAGAUAUCGCCAGAUUAGGAUCACCUUGCAAACAAUCUCAAAUGGUGGUGGAAUCCCCACAAACUAUAGGUUUAUCUCAUGACAUUGUGGAUGAAUGGGAAAUAGAUCGAAAUUCAAUUCAAUUGGGGAAAAAGCUUGGUAGUGGUCAGUUCGGUGAAGUACAUAAAGGAUUGUGGAACAAAACCACCACAGUUGCAGUUAAAACAAUGAAAUCAUCAGAUUCACUGAAUAAAGAAGAAUUCCUUAAAGAAGCUCGGCUGAUGAAAAAACUUCACCACCCAAAACUUGUUCAACUUUUUGCUGUAUGCACUCAAUCUGAGCCAUUUUACAUCGUCACUGAACUAAUGUGCAAUGGAGCCCUGCUAGAUUAUUUAAGAGAAGAUUUAAAUCUUGAAGAAGAGGUCUUGAUUGACAUGGCAACACAAGUUGCCACUGGAAUGGCUUAUCUGGAAGUAAAAAAUUACAUUCACCGCGAUUUGGCAGCCAGAAAUAUUCUUGUUGGAAAAAACAAUAAUUGUAAAGUUGCAGACUUUGGAUUAGCAAGAUUAACACAGGACGAUGAAAUAUACCAAGCAAAAGUAAAAGCGAAAAUACCAAUCAGAUGGACGGCACCGGAAGCUAUUACCAAGCAACAGUUUAGCAUUAAGUCAGAUGUUUGGUCAUUUGGAAUAUUAUUAACUGAAAUAAUUGGAAAAGGAAGGGUUCCCUAUCCAGGUAUGAACAAUAAGGAAGUAUUGGAGCAAUUGGAACGUGGCUAUAGAAUGGAGAGAUUGGAAAAAUGUUCAGAGGAUAUGUAUAAAAUCAUGAGGGAUUGUUGGGACAUAGAUCCGAACGAACGUCCUUCUUUUGAAAUCCUGGAAAUAGAACUUUCUGACUUUUUACAAGCAUAUGUUUAAAUAGAAAAGUAGACUUUUUAAUAUAAAUACCCGUUUGACGGCUCAUCUGGUAUGAAAAAAAAAAUUUUUUUAUACCAAAUGAGCAGCAAAAAGACUAUUAACAAUGUGCCUUGUAGCAGAAGUAACAGAAUAUUUUUAAUGUAACUGAAAAUUUAAUGUAACUUGUGUACAAAUUAUAGACAAUCUAUGCAAUCGAUGGAGGAUCACUGCUUAAUAUGUAUUUUAACUUCUCUGUUAUUUUUGAUUUGUGUUGAUCGAAAUAAACACGUAUUACUAUGCAUACAAAA